AUGAAGUGUUGGAAAGUAGAUGGAGCAUUACAGAGUUCAAAGCUCAUCACAUCAAGUUCAUAUAUACCGAAAGGUGUUGUUAUAGUAGUCCUGGGUUUAUCUUCUUCGGCAAUGGGAAUCUGUUGUGUAUUUCUGCUUAGAAUCAUCUUUGAUGAUAUCCCAUAUGUUUUCAAUGAAUCGAGGUCCAAACUGUGCGAACAAGCUUAUCAGUCAUGGGUAAGAAAUCAUACAAACGAGUUGAAGCUACCAGGCCUAAAGUAUACACCGAAUCAGCUGUUCUUUAUAAGCAAUGCAAAUGUUCUAUGUGGCAAAUCUGAUAGCCCACUAGUCGGAUCUCAUAGCCCACCAAUGUAUAGAGUGAUAGGAGCAGUGUCUAACUUAGUAGAAUUUGCCACAACAUUCAACUGCCCAUCAGAUUCACCAAUGAAUCCAAGUAAAAAGUGUCCAGUUUGGUAAGGAAGUCGGUUGAGCAAAUCCAGAAUUUAAGAAGAAUUUUUAUUACUGCGUUAUUAUGGUUUAUAUUUUGAUAUUUACCUUAUUGUUACCAAAGGUGUGGCUUAUAUGUUGCUGUAGUAAAAUUUUGAAACUUGUAUCAAAUUCUUAAGUAACAUUUGUCUUUAAUAAAAGGUUAAAAUUUCUCUCGCAUUUGACUUUCA